AUGAGUAACGGCAGCGGUAACGGCGACGCGGGGCCGUCGUCGGCACUGUCACCGACGUCGCCGCGUGUGUCGGUCGACAUGCCCCCUUUCUCGGGGGACGAGCUGGAGCGCGUACGGGCCGAGAAGGAUCAUUUGAGUCACCAGUAUCGGUCGUUGCUGGGCAAGUUGACGGCGAUGCGGAAUACCCUGGGGGAGAAGUUGAAGGAGGAUGCGGAAGAGCUAGACCGCCGCGAAGCACAGAUCAACACGCUCACCGACGAGAGCUCGGCCCUAAAGGACACGAUCACUACGCUGCGCUCCGAACUCGAAUCCGCGUCAACCGAGUCUGCGUCUCUGAGCUCCCAGCUCGCCCAACUCCGCAGCCAGAGCGACAACAGUAGUUCCGACGUGCUCUCUCUCACCCGGGAGAUGCGCGAGCUUCGCGGGGAUAUGGAGCACCUGCGCGCCGAGCGUGAGGAGUGGGAGGCUGAGGCCGCGCGCGAGCGCGAGCGCCGCGAAAGUCUCGAGGAUGAGAUGCAGGCAGCCGAGAGGCGGGAGCGGGUCGCCCACGAUGACGCGGAACACGCGAGGCGGCGGGCCGAAGGGGAGAAGGAGCGGGCGGAUAACCUCCAAGAAGUGUUGGGCGAGUUCCAGAAUGCAAAGGACUCGGAGCUGCGACAAGCGACGGCCGAGCUCGAAUCUCAGCUCAAGCGCGCGACAGUCCAACUCUCUGAAUUCAAACUACGUUGCGCCAACGCCGAGUCGUCCCUCUCCGCCCUGUCGAAUGACGCCGGGCGCGUGGCGCAACUCGAGAAGGAAGGGAGGGAGAAGCAAGCCAUGAUUGCCAAGCUGCGACACGAUGCGGUCGUCACAAACGAACACUUGACCGAGGCGCUGCGGCGACUGCGCAAGAACCAGAGCGACAACAAUGUCGACCGGCGACUGGUUACCAAUAUCCUGCUUAGCUUUCUGACUACCGCGCGCGCGGAUAGCAAGCGAUUCGAGAUGCUCAGUUUACUGAGUACGAUUCUUAGCUGGGACGACGAAGAACGCGAGAAGGCUGGGUUGCAGCGCGCUCCUAAGGGAAAGGCACGGAGGCCGAGCGUCAAGGAGCCCGAGGACGAUGCCAUGAGCGAGUCAUUCUCCAAUCUAUUCGUCGAGUUCCUGCUCAAGGAGGCGAGUCAGGGGCGCGAUGGCGAUGCGUCGCCUUCACCAAAGCCUACGCCGCGCUCGCCGGGAGCAUUCUCCCCCUCACCUGGAACGCUCGCCCUCUCUCCGCCUGCUAGUGGGGCGGGGACGCCCCUGUCGAGAGGGUACAGCUACACGCAGCGGACUCGGGCAAUGAGCACGACGAGCAACACGAGCCGGGAGGGGAGCAGUGCGAGUCUCGACCGCAUGGUGGCGGCUGGGAGAAAACAGAGCUUUGGACUGAGCGAGGCGAUGCGCCAAGGGUAG